CUUGCCUUUCAUGGGUUCUAUCUUAACGGGCAUCCUUUUUGGACAAAUAUUCUCCCAGUGUGUCAGGAGGAAUGGUGAUGACCCCUGCUUGCCUCUAAGGCAAAGUGCUUUCCUUGGGGGAGGAGACAAGCUGGGAGCCUGAGGUAAAAGGAUCAAACGUUCCUGACUUACUAUGUUCACAUCUCAAAAAUGCCCGUGCGCACGCACACAAGAACACAACGGGGUUCAGUAGUGAGCUCUGUGUGAAGGCCCUGGGGCAACCCCCAGCUCCCCAGCACACACACAUACACACACAAAGUGGAAACCUUUGAAAUGGAAAGAUAGGUGGAGUCAAUUUGAAAUCAAGAUAAGAGAGGGCUGUUAUAUUUUCUACCUUUCAUACUAGCUAAAAAAAAAAAAAAGUCCCACAUCUGAGCCCAGGGUAGGACAGCACAUAAAAACAGAAAAACCGGAGGGUUAGAAGGAAUCAUCAAGGCGAGGAGGCCUCCGAGCGUUAAGGCGCUAAGGUGCGUUAAGGUUCGAGCUAAGAAGUGCCUUGGUGAAGGAGGAAAGGCGCUUCUGCAAGCUUAGCGAGAGACGGAGGCUGCUGCUACAGACUGGAAUUUCUCCAUCUCUGGGCAGCCCCAGAGCGCGCAGCCUCAGCAAGCAUCUUCUUGGCUGCCCCCGGGUCCCUCUGUCUUCAUGGAUUAUACUCUUGAGCCCAAUGCAACGACAAUGACUGAUUACUACUAUUCUGAUCUCAUCCCAAGUCCCUGUGAGGAGGGAAUCAGCACCAGGAGCAGCAAGUUGCUGCAUGUCACUAUUUACUGCCUCCUGUUUGUCUUUGGUCUUUUGGGAAACAGCCUGGUCAUCUUGGUCCUCGUGGCCUGCAAGAAGCUGAAGAGCAUCACGGACAUCUACCUGUUGAACCUGGCCUUGUCUGAUCUGCUUUUUGUCUUUUCUUUGCCCUUCCAAGCCUACUACCAGCUGGACCAGUGGGUGUUUGGGACCGUAAUGUGUAAAAUGGUCUCUGGCCUUUAUUACAUUGGCUUCUUCAGCAGCAUGUUCUUUGUCACCCUCAUGAGCUUGGACAGGUACCUGGCUAUUGUCCAUGCUGUGUAUGCCGUGAAAGUGAGGACAGCCAGGAUGGGCACAGGCCUGAGCCUGGCAGUGUGGCUGGCCACUUUUCUGGCCACCAGCCCAUUGUUAAUGUUUUACCAAGAGGCCUCCGAAGAUGGCGUUCUAAAGUGUUAUUUAUUUUACAAUGAGGAGGCUCUGAAGUGGAAGAUCUUCAUCCACUUUGAAAUUAACAUUGUGGGCUUGCUGGUCCCAUUCACCAUCUUUAUGCUCUGCUAUAUCAGCAUCCUACGUCAGCUGAGGAAUUGCCAGAACCAGCAGAAGACCAGAGCCAUCAUGCUGGUGCUCAUUGUGGUAGUGGCAUCUUUGGUCUUCUGGGUCCCAUUCAAUGUGGUCCUCUUCGUCACGUCCCUGCACAGUCUGCACAUCUUGAAUGGGUGUGGCAUGAGCCAGUGGCUGAGUUCUGCCACCCACAUCACGCAGACCAUUUCCUUCACUCACUGCUGCAUGAACCCUGUUAUCUAUGCUUUUGUGGGCGAGAAGUUCAAGAAACACCUCUUAGAACUAUUUCAGAAAUGUUCCAGCCACAUCUUUCUCUACAUGGGAAGACAAAUUUCCAGGGAGGGCUGGGAAAAGUCCUCCUUCUCCCACCAGCGCUCCUCCCAUUCCUCCAGCGUGGACUGCAUCUUGUGAGGAAGGUGUUUCUCCCUGUACUUCUUUAAAAACAACCAUUACUUUGUUGGACUCUGGCUAGGAGAAGGGGAACUCUUAGAACUUUGGUUACAGACCUAAGACUUGGUUUAUGAUACCUAAUGAAUUCCUAUUACAAAUUAAUCUCAACUUUCAAAAACACUGAGCUACUAUUUUACUAUUUUGCUGAGUUACUAUUUUAAUUGUGGAAUAUACUCUAUAUAUUCCACAAUUAAGUAUAAUGGUAGCAGUAGGGUAUUUUUUAAACAUUAUGUUAGCAGCAGAUUAAAGAUGUUACCUUCUAUUCUUGGUUUUCUGUGUGUAUUUAUCAUAUAUGAAUCUAAAUUUUAUUAAAGUCUUUUUUUCUUACCCAU